CAAUAAAGACAGACAAAAUACAGCAGGCCACUGAAGAGGUAGGUAUUGCACUGAGGAAUACUAAUAAUGCCACUGCUGGAGGCACCUGCGGACUACCUGGAGUCCUCUCCGGAUCACUCGCUCCAGGCGGAACUGCCCAUCCUUCUGGCACCGCCGGGUCCGGCCGCCUUGGCCCAGGUCCGGAUGCCUCCGCCCGAGGUGCGGCUCAAUCAGCAGAAUCCCGCCCAGCAGCAGCAGCGGAUGCAGUUCAACCGGCGCCAACUGGGUCGCCGGAACUCCUUCGAUCGGGAUGUGGCCAUUGCCGAGGAGGAACAACAUCUUCCGGCCUUCGUCCACCUGCUGCCCGUGGUGCUGCCGCAACAGGGUCCGGAACCGACACUGGACGAGCUACUGCGCCGAGUGACGCAACGCACGGAUCUGGAGGCGGUGGAGCAAGUGCGCCUGCGCGUGAUCUCCUACACAGUCAGCCUGUCCCGCCUGUCGCUCUUCCUGCCGCGCCUCCAAUCCCUCGACCUGAGUGGCAGUGUGCUGAGCUCCCUGCGCGACCUGGGUUACGGACUCCUCCAGCUAACCAGGCUGGACAUCAGCAACUGCGGCCUGAAUAGCUUCGACGGCACCAGUGGAUUGCCGGCCAUCCGGGUGCUAAUCGCUGAUGGAAACAUGAUCCAGCGGGUGGAUCCGCUAGCCGAACUGGUCCACCUGCGCGUUCUCAAGGCAAGGAACAACCGGAUCAGUGAGCUGGGGCUGCUCUCCUUCCUGGGAAUGUGCCCGCAGCUGCAGGAGGUGGAGUUGCAGGGCAAUCCCGUGUGUCGUUUGCCGCUCUACCGCUCGCUCCUGGCGCGCAGUGUGCCCACGCUGCAACUGUUGGAUGGACGGGUGUUGAACGGUGAGCCUGCUCCUGUGGAGAUGGAGGAGGCCACAUCCCCGGCAUCAAGUGAUCUGGAGUCUGGCUCCGAGACGACUGCACAACGGCCGAACACGGCACCUGCUCCGGAACCCGUUCCUAUCGCCCUAAAUGCCGCCAUCCGGCGCCAAGUCUCGGCCAGCUCCGCCUCCACUCCAGUGGCAGGAUCGGUUUUGGGCCUAGUGCGCCAGCGGCGGAGGCGCAGUGGCCACGCCUGGGUCAGUUCCUCCUCCUCCAGCGGAUCGUCUUCCGCCUCCUCGGCCCGAUCCACCCGGGCGCCAUCCAUGAGCUCCUGUUCGUCCAACAGCAGCCUCGACGUCCAAUCAUCGUCCCAUUAUGUCUUCAGCACACAGUCCACGCUGGAAUAGACCACAC